CACAACAAAACAGCUUACUGUGUACUAAAAAAAAAGCACCGUGUCGUUUUAGUACCAAUGUAUAAAAUGCCUCACAAAGUGCCGCGCUUCCAUCUGCAAGAGUCCUUGGCUUAGAGCUCAGUGGCAAUUUCACACCACAAUUUUAAGUCAUUUAAUUGAGGAAUAGAAUAAUCUUUGGCCUAUAGCUUUCAUAUCAAAGAAGUAGAAUGAAAUUGCCAUCAUGUUGUGUGGGAAGAUCAGGUGAAAGUCUUCACAAUAUUCAGUAGCUCCAGAUAUAACGAGAGUUGUGGUGACGUCACGUAUGACGGAUUUACACGAGGCCGCCGCUGUUGGCGAUGCUCAGGUCGUGGAAUACCUGCUGCUUAGUGGUGAGUCAGAUCCGGACGGGGAGGACUGGGACUGGGGCAAAAGGACGCCCCUUCACGUAGCAGCCGCAGCAGGUCAUUUGGGGUGCGUCGAGAAGCUCCUGGAACAUGGAGCUGAUGGUGAGAUGCGCAUGGCAGGAGGAUGGACGCCAGCUCACUGUGCUGCUGAACAUGGCAGCGUGGCAAUAUUGCAGGCUCUUGCUGAAAAUGGGAUUAGUGUAACAAAAAAGGACAACACUGGAGACACACCGAAACGAGUCGCACAGAUCUAUGGGCACAAGGGCUGUGUAAAAUUUUUUGAAAGAUUAGAAAAUAAAUUUAAAGAAGAAAAAGCAAAUGGGUCGGAAACUGAGGAUGAAAGCAGGACAACCACCCCCAUCUUCAACCUCGAUAUGAUGAAGAGGCUCGAGACAGAAGCAGAUUCCCAAACGGGACAGUCAGCAAUGGAAGGAGAAACAAGUGAGGAGGAAAUUGAAAACAAUCACAACUCAAGGGUCACAUUUUUAUUGACAUGAAACAGAAGUGUGAUACAAUCUUCGUGCAUGGUAAUUCUGGGGACUAUAGCUUUGAAACCUCUCCUCAAGAAAACUCAAUUUGGAAACUUGGAAGAGAGAAAAAUACACACAAGAAUGAGAGAUGUAGUCUCCAAUGAGAAUGACAACCAUUGAAUAUUACAGCAGUGUUCACUUUCACAUACUUUCUUAGAAUCCUAGUGAUAAUUGGAAAAUUGUUUUCAGAAUUUCUGGAGGGAAAUGUGAGUGAUUUUAAGUCAUAUCUGUGAAAAAGCCUUCUGGCAGUUGUCUUGAUACUCUACACCAGAAUGAAUCCUACAUGUUUCUCAUUUCCUAUUGGUGAUAUAGCUAGCAGUAGUUUUGUGUUCAUGAGAUGAGGCAAGUUUUACAAAGACCUUCACUUCUUUACAAAGCAACACUUCAGUACACCCAAAAAUCAAAUUUAGCUGUUCCCCAACAAUCCAUCUUGCGGUGAAAGCUAAUAUUCUGAGGUAGAACUUCUCAUCUGGACACUGUGAAUUUAGAUAGGAGCUCAACAAUGUCAUCAAGUCCUAAAUCCUCAGCUAAGCUCAUGGGUGUCACAGUGGCAGGGAUGCCCAUCUUAACGCCCAGAUCACAUUUUGCCUCUAACAUUACUGAGACCAUUUCAGCAUUACCUGAGAAAAGGGAACAAUUUACUCAAAUAGAGGAAAUAAAUAUUUUAAUAAAAUUUACUUUCUACUG